AUGACUCCAGAGAUACCAAUUACUCGACCGCGAUCGCAGUUGCAAGACGACAACGACAAUGACGCAUACUCGCUUCAACAGAAUAGUGAAGCCAUCUCGGUUGAGGUUGUCGGGUCAGAUGCAGCAUCGAUCACCGACACCCGGUCUAUUGAUGAUAUUGAAGGUACAGUAAUGGAACUUCUCGGCGACAUCGCGAUAGAUAGUGCAGCGAUAGCGAUUGAGAAAACCGUAUAUUGUCGGCUACUCCAGUUUGUAGCAGCUUGGGGAUGCUCGGUUAUUCAAGAGGUUCUAGAUUCGGCUAUUGCUCCGACUAUAGAUACUGACGUGAACUCCAAUGAUGACAGCGUCUUGAACAAUUCUCGGGUACUCCUUGGACGCAACGAUUUACCCCUGGAAAAUCUGGAUCCACCAAAAAGCUGCUCUCUGGAUUAUUCGUAUCAGCGGGGACAAUUACCGACCAAAGAACCACAGCAAAGUUACUACGACACUGAAGGUCUUGAUGUUAAGGCAGCAACUCGGUCUCACCCUCGUCCUUCUUCGAUCGCGUCAUCUCGAAUGACAAUGAGGAGUAAAGUGAGGAAAAAGCAGGAUGACACGAAGGUUGUAGAGUUAUCUGGUCCACAGCCUGGGGUCCCUUACAGCACAGAAGUUCCACAAUUGCGUUCAGCUAGAAAUCGUAUCGUAUCACCUCGGAAGGCGAGUAAUAUGAGUCAAGCGGAGCAGGAUCUAACUAUCAACAGCAAUGCGGCAGAACUGCAACUCACCAUUGAUACAGAGUCCCCAGGCCAAGAAAACGGUGAACCCUCUCGCCGUUCGCUGUCACCCUCGUCGAUUACAUCGUCUCGUCGAAGGCCUCACCCUCCAGGCUCAGCACAGAAUGGAAAAUCUACUAAAACAUUACUAUUUGGCGAGAAAGAAGACGAAGUUCAAGUGGAAUAUGCAGUACUGAAGACAUCGCCCCGACGAGUCAGCAGCAGUUCGAAGAGUAUUCUCCCCAAUAUUGAAAAUGGACGAAUCAAAUCACGUUCAAACGCACCAUUUCCAGCAUUCGGUGUCGCUAAUGAGAAGGAAUCUUUCAAUGUCGAAGAACCGCUGGAUCAACUAUUCCACGCUAUGCCUUUGUCGCCGGGAGUGAAAGUUCGAGUGGGCGAAAAAGCAAACGAUGGACCCGACUUGCCUCACUUUGCAUCGCGAAUGCAACGAUCUACCUUCGUGCGCAUGGAGACGUCUACACUUCAGUCUCAAGUCUCCGAUCUGGUUGCUUCGCGUUCUUCCUCUCCAAUCAACCAGCUUAAAGUGCAGGAGCUAGGGAGAGGAACGUUUCUCACCGAGACGGCAUGGGAAUCCUCUCCAACGGAAAGAAGCUCAGCCAGAGACCACGAUCGCUUUAAUUGUGACAAGGCUGAUAGCGGGAGCAAGUCGGAUUGCGUGUCUUCGACUGAGCUGACGACGUCGUGUUCGUGUGACUCCUCCAGUUCAUUGACGCUCUUCCGAAAGUCGACUAAAGUUCACCGCCCAUGUCGGUCUUGUAACAAGUCGAACGCCGAAUCAAAUGGAGCAGACACGAUCAACUACACGGACCUCAUCAAACAACGAGCUUUCCACGUGAAGCCAACAUGUUUGCCAUCGUCUCCAGCCAAACGUGUGCCAGGGGUGUCUCCACGACGCGUAAUGAGUGCACCAGCUACGUCACCCCUGGCACGACGAAAUCUUCUCCUUACCAAAAAAAUCUCCCAGUAA